GUCGGGCAAAGCAUGAGCGGUGGGACGAGGGAAUGAGAUCAGAUUGCUCGGGAGAGACGUAUCAGGAGCUGAUGGGAUAUUAGGCCAUUAGUGUAUUUAGGCAGCACACGAGCCAUUAAAUGCGCAUAUACAGCUGCUACAGCCACCGACUUUCAUUUAGCGCUCAGUUCGGUACAACUUUUAGUUGACGUUACCAUGAAGACAGUCAGCGAAGUUGCUGAUGAGAAGAAUUCUGCCGGGGAAGCAUAUGGCGAGGAAAGUGUCAUUGUCAUUAGUGAUGAUGAAGGAGAUGUCACUCUGGGAUUGGGGAACUCUGUGUUAUUAAUAGAAGAUGCUGGAGAGGAGUCUUUUGUUCGAGAUAAGAAAACAGAGGAAGUGCUGGAUGAGGAACUUGCCAUUACAUUUAGCAAACGGGGAAAUGUGAUGCCCCACGCCAGAUAUGACUGCAUGACAUACCCUUUUUCACGCGCUGAGCAAGAGACCCAGGUGCCUUUGGAAGACAAUGAAAAAGCCUGUGCAGAGUGCUAUUGCUAUCUGUGUGAUAAGCUGGCCUCAGAGUGCCCCAAUUGGACGAGCCUUUCUUCCUGCCACUGCAAUGCACACAACAAGAGCAAAUACUGGAAGGAGCAGCGAGACUCCGCUUUGGCUGGGGUACUAACAAUAUUCAACCUGGAUCUCACAGAGAUUGACUCGGAGCUUCGGGAAGGAGGGAUUUUGUUGCAGAAUUUCAUCAAUGAAAUAAGCAUAAUAUAUAAGAAGUACUUAGAUGGGGAAAUGACUAAUCGAGAGAGCCUGUAUUCCUGCUCGUGCACCUGCCACCGUAGGAGAACAACCCAACUAUGCAAUAAGUGUACAACCAACCACACGGAAAUACUUGUAUAUAAUUAUGCUCCAGUGUAUGUCACGGUAACAGAGUAUUUAAAUAAAGCAGUGACGCAAAGCCCGAAAAUGUCUGCGGUGAUGCAUCUGGGUGCAGUCAAAGAGCUGGUCACUCAUAAAGCGGCCCCAAGCCCAGUUGGACUAAAGGUGCAACACGCAUGUUCAAAAGAAUCAUCGGUGCAGCUAAUGGAUAGGAUUGUAAGAACCCUCCAGAGGCUUCUCGUUGACGCAGAUUUCCCAAAGGAUCUUCAUGAUAAAUUUGUGAUGUUCUUCCAGUCUCUUGCACUUCCCCCUCACCUGUAUGCAUACGUUAAUAGCUUGAACGUCCUGCGCUGGGAUAACUUAUUCCUGACCUCAGUCUUGGCCGGCCAAAAUACAACGGGUCAGCGCACGAACAAAGGGAAGAAAGAAUUCCUCUGGGAGCCAUUAUCCGUGGUACAGGCCAGAGUGAAGAAACUGGAGGAUGACCAGAGUUACAGACAACUGGUGCGCUACCUGAAUGCUGUGAGAUGCCCUGACGCAGGAUCAUUGACGUGCUUACGGCAGAAAAUCUGCUUUUAUAUGUGCAAAUAUGGAGAUUUUGCAAGUGCCAUCUAUGCGCUCAUCAACCUGAAGUGCCUGCCACGUAGCAUGGCCCUGUCUCUCACUCCAGCACAGUUUGACUUGUACCUCACAAUGUUCCGGACCAGCAGCUCCCCACCUGGGAAUGAACCCGUGGCACAGGAAAUCUGGAUUCCAUUUGCAGGGCCACCUAUGAGAAAGGGGAUUUUAGUUCGCUGUGCGAUCAGGAUUCUUUUCAUGAACCGUGGGCUUGCUCAGCAGGUGAAAUCCUGGACUGCCCUAAUCCGAACCUGGUGCACUAGAGACAUGCUGACCCCAGAAGGGAAGCUCAGUCCCCUGCACUUAGAUGAGCCAGACCUACAGUUCCAAGGCAUGGUGACAAACAUGUCUUGUGCCAUCCUGGAUGAGCUGUGCAGACAAACACAUGCUUACCUCCCCGCUCCAUUUCCAGAGUUUCCUCUUAGCUGUGAGCUGAUCCUUGUGGUCCAGGCUGUCAUUCAGUUCAUGAUGAAUUCAGUGGCCCCUCUACAAACCACGUUACAACUGGUGUUAGCCUUUAGGACUAAUAUUUGGGCGCUGGUGCUGUUAUUGGACGGGAUCUCCCCCAUGCAAUCCCUGCUCUUCAGCUUUGUAGCCAACCUAAACAAAGAUCUGUGCGAAGACAAGCAGCUUCUUCUGGCAGCACUGAGAAGAUAUGGCUCCACCUAUGCAUCACACUUGGUCUCUGCAUUUUUACUGCACUCGUUUGAUGCCCUUCACUCUGUUGGCUUUCACAUCCUCGACAUCAUCAUACUGAAUUUAAAAAUGUUCACAUGGAGCCCUACCCUUGCCGGUUACUUGAAAGCCAGGGUUCUGGACUUGCAGGGUCUACACGUUCUCACUGAGAUCCAGGCGUUGCAAAACAAGAUUGUCAGACUAAGAAACCGCUGUUAAUGGUUUAGAGGUGCCCAAAAAGAGAGACUGCAUUAAACACACAUGCACUUUGUGCC